AUGUCCAUGCUGCCCACCUUCGGCUUCACGCAGGAGCAAGUGGCGUGCGUGUGCGAGGUGCUGCAGCAGGGCGGCAACAUCGAGCGACUGGGUCGCUUCCUGUGGUCGCUGCCCGCCUGCGAGCACCUCCACAAGAAUGAAAGCGUGCUCAAGGCCAAGGCCGUGGUGGCCUUCCACCGGGGCAACUUCCGCGAGCUCUACAAGAUCCUGGAGAGCCAUCAGUUCUCGCCGCACAACCACGCCAAGCUGCAGCAGCUGUGGCUCAAAGCGCACUACAUCGAGGCAGAGAAACUGCGCGGCCGGCCCCUGGGCGCCGUGGGCAAGUACCGCGUGCGACGCAAGUUCCCGCUGCCGCGCUCCAUCUGGGACGGCGAGGAGACCAGCUACUGCUUCAAGGAGAAGAGCCGCAGCGUGCUGCGCGAGUGGUACGCGCACAACCCAUACCCGUCGCCGCGGGAGAAGCGCGAGCUGGCGGAAGCCACCGGCCUCACCACCACGCAGGUCAGCAACUGGUUCAAAAACCGGCGGCAGCGCGACCGGGCGGCCGAGGCCAAGGAAAGGGAGAACAGCGAGAACUCCAAUUCCAGCAGCCACAACCCGCUGGUUUCCUCGCUCAACGGCAGCGGCAAGUCGGUGCUAGGCAGCUCCGAGGAUGAGAAGACACCGUCGGGGACGCCAGACCACUCGUCGUCCAGUCCCGCAUUGCUGCUCAGUCCUCCUCCGCCCCCUGGGCUGCCCUCCCUACACAGCCUGGGCCACCCUCCCGGCCCGAGCGCAGUACCCGUGCCAGUGCCGGGUGGAGGCGGCACGGACCCUCUGCAGCACCACCACAGCCUACAGGACUCCAUACUCAACCCCAUGUCUGCCAACCUUGUGGACCUGGGCUCCUAG